AUGAGCGGCCUCUCCUCCUUCCUGCCCUCGCGGCUCAUUCCCUCCAUGCACCCGAAUACACGCGACCGCCAGGCAGACCUGCUCUUCCGCCUUCGCUCCUCGCUCGAGAACCUGCCCACUUCCCGCAAGUACACCUUCACCGCCGCCACACGAGCAGAGAUCCUCGCCGAGCUCUAUGAUGCCUUCUGGGGUUCCUACGCUCAUUUAUUCCUUCCCAACUCCAACUCCAGUCUUCCCCUUCACGCCACCCUGAGCGAGGUUCAGGCCAGCGUUGGUCAGCUCAGUCAGCCCCAGGUCGUCCCAGGUCGCCCUUGUGGCCAUAUCUUCAAGAAAGGCGAGAGCUGCUUCCGAUGCAAGGACUGCGCGCUCGACGACAGCUGCGUUCUGUGUUCCCACUGUUUCGAGGCUACAGACCACCUCGACCACAACGUCAGUUUCUUUAUCGCACAACAGUCCGGAGGAUGUUGCGACUGUGGAGACGUCGAGGCCUGGCGUCAGUCAAUCCAAUGUCCCUACCAUCCAUUUACCCCAGAGAGCGUCGAACAUGUCUCAGCCUUUGAGGCAAGAACCCUUCUCACCACCCCGCGGCCAACCCCCAAGAUUCUGACAGGACAAGACGUCCCACCGGUCAAGACCUACCCAUUUCGAGUCUCCGUCCCGCCAGACCUACGCGACAGCAUGAGUCGCACCAUCGCAUUCGCCCUCGACUAUAUCCUCGACACCUUGGAUUCUUCCCCCGACGAAACCAUCGUACCCCCGACCGAAGCUGACCUCCGUUCGCAGCCCACAGGCGACACGCACCUGAACGAUCUCUUUGUUGUAGUGGUCUGGAACGAUGACAAGCAUUCGUUCGACGAGGUCAUUGAACUCCUUCAAGACAUCUCCAAUCGCAACCGCGAAGAGGCGUCUCGUGUCGCCGAUCGGAUUGACGAGCAGGGUCGUGACAUCGUCGAGAUGUCGAACAACCCUACGCGCCUUCUGGAGAUCGCGCAAGCCAUUGCCCAAAUAGACAUUGGCGUAACUGUCCGUCGCGCCCUCGAUACGUUUCGCGAACAGGUCUCGGCGGUUAUCAUCGAGUGGCUCUUGGAUCUCACUCGGAGUAGACUCGGAACGGACGCGCUGGUCAUGCGAGAAGUCUUAGCUGCCGAGCUUUUGUCACCUCGGACAACCUCCACCUUACCUAUGGGCCCCAACCGCCUUCUCCCCGAUAUCCACGAGCCCACCCGCUUUGAUUGGCUGUUCCUUUACCAUGCUCGCUUGUGGAAGAAACCUCGCCUCAACCUCAAGGAAAUCUACGCGUCUCUGCUGACGCUGAGUCAUGACCACAAACUCGCUAUAUCAUCGCACUUUGCGGCUGUCUAUCACCGUAUCAUUGAUGCGUAUCUGCUCACUGAUCGCGAGGCGGAAACUUCCAUCAAGUAUUUCGCACUCCAGCUGUUCACGGUCCCUUCAAUCGCACUCUACAUUGUCCGCCACCACUCCAUCAUCCAAGACAAGCGCAUCAUCUUCCCUCCCGACCCUGACGCCGAAAUUGAUGUCGACACCUUUCCAUUUAAGUCGAAGCGAUUCAUGCCCGUCUUCAGCGACCUUCGGUAUCUCUGUCACAACGAGCCAGUCCAGCAGCUCAUUGCCCACAAUCGCGAGUUCAUUAUCCAGUUCGCGAAGACAUGCCAAAUUUUCAUGUGUAUCAACCCCAACAAACGGGCUGCCUCCAGCCAUGUGGAGUACGAAACGGACGCUUGGAUCAGCGUGUUUAACGUGACUUUGUCGCUCUCUCGGGUCAUUAAGGUGUACGGCGAGGCUUACUCGAAGGCGACGGUCAGGGAGCUGAUAACCGCUAUUGAUACCGUCAUUCACCAUAUCCUCAUGUGCAUUGCCACCGUCGACGAUCGACGCGACACGAGUCGCUUCCCACCAGUCGAGUCCCAUGAAGUUGUCUACGGGGAACGAACCUACAAAAUCGUCAGUUUCGAUGUCAUGGAUGGCUCGAUCAGCUUCCAUCACUCCCUGCAAUGGCUGCUAGCCGAGCUCUUCAAACACGUGGAUAUUCUGGAUGAGGCUUCCUUACGGACCAUUGGGAUGGGUAGUCUUCGAGACGUUUGCCUCAAGAAGGCGAAUGAGGAUGCUCUUUUGACUAUCAUUGACUACCCGCUGCGAGUCCUCGCCAUGAUUGCUCAAAUUCGGACGGGCUUAUGGCUUCUGCACUAUCGUGACUUCAUGCUGCGCGAACUCUGUUAUGACCAAGAUCUUUUUAUCCUACAGACUGCACUUGCCAUCCUCGACCCCAACACGGUCCUUGUCAGCAUGCUCGAUCGCUUCCAAUUGCUCGGUUACUUCUCUGGUGCCACACUACAUCCUUCCUACGAUGCAUCACAUCUUUCCGGGAUGGUGGAAGAGUUCUUGUAUGUUCUCGUCACCAUCCUCACGGAAACCGCCAGCGCGACGAAGAUGCCCUUGCCUCAAGCAGUACGCCGGGAGAUCGUACACGCCCUCGCUGUUGGACCAUGCACAUUUACAGACCUCGUCAAAAGAGUUGCCGAGCGGAUGGUCGACGACGUCUGCUUUGAGCGCGUUCUCAAGGAGGUCGCGAACUUCAAAGCCCCAGAGUCCACCGCUGACUUCGGCACAUACGAACUCAAGGAUGAGGCGUUCGCAGAGGUCAACCCGUUCUUCUAUCACUACACGCGCAACAAGCGAGAGGAAGUCGAGGUGAUCCUGCGAAACUGGCUGAAGAAGAAGACGGGUAGCCAGGAUCCCGUGAUUGUUCCCCAGCCACUCAACAUCACCCACGGGCCUUUCCAGGUUCUUCCGUCCAUCUUCGAGUCCGAAGUUCUCGCGCAGAUUAUCUUCUACGGGAUCUACAACGUUCUCACCCUCACGGAUGCGACCGGCUCCGCUCCACCGUCGGCCGAAGCCGUCCUCGACCAAGUGCUCCACCUCACGAUGGUAGCAAUUGUUGAGCGUCCGGAGGCAUUUAGUCGGCUGGCUAUACACAUCUCGCAUGAAGAAGAGAAGAAUCUUGUCGAUAUCCUCGCCGCCUUCGAGCAUCACGAGAAGUACCCAACCUACAAAGCACGAGUCCAGUGGAUCUUGGACCACAUCGCGGAGCAUCAGCGUGCGGAGGUCGACAAGCGGCGCCGCUUCCCCGACACCUCCCAAUCUGAGGCGGAAGAUCCCAGUGAAAUCAAGAAGCGGGCCGCAAAGGCAAGGCAGGAGGCGAUCAUGCGGCAAAUGAAGGCACAGCAAGCCAGCUUCGCCGUCAACUUUGAAGACAUCGACGACGAGGACGACGAAGAACUAGCAGACAUCUCGACCACCCCCGUCUCGUAUGGAACUUGUAUCGUUUGCCAAGAGGAACUCAAUGACACGAAGUCGUUUGGCUCUCUCGGCUUCGUCCAGCCUAGCAAGCUCCUUCGGCGCUAUCCAGACGGGAAUCAGCUGUACACCAACGAUGCCCUCUCUUGUCCUGAGUCACUCGAUAGAGUCAGUACCACUCCCCAGGAGGCUGCCUUCCCUCCUUCCAACGCAGAUAUGAAGACAUCCAAGCGCCCCUAUCCCACCGCUUUCGACGCGUUCCCUUCCCAGUUCACUCGUUUCGGUCUCCAAGCUUCCAUCUGCAGCCACAUGAUGCAUCUCGACUGUUUCACCGUCUACAGCGGCUCGAUCCGACAGCGCCACCGUAAUCAAGCUACGCGCAACCAUCCCGAGAGCAUUCCACGCAAGGAAUACAUCUGUCCGCUGUGCAAAAGCCUGGGCAACGUCAUCCUUCCAGUCGUCGCUUCGGCGGCUCCCCCGAUGAGCUCGAUGCCGUUCUCAGAUUGGAUCAGGAUGGCAGGCAUCAAUAUACUCAAGUCGAAGCCUGAUCCGGUCCUCGAGUCUCUGCAAUUCCGCACCGGCACGGGCGAGUUCGUCUUCUGGACAGCUCAGGACUCCGCCUACCAGUCCCACCUCCGCGUCCUCGAUCGGCCCGAUAGUACCGAGCUGCACAAGAUGGUGGACACCGUAAUGGUCGUGGCCAAGAACAUCUCUCAGCAGACUAGGCAUCUCAGGGACAGGACUGAGCCGGAGACGGGGGAGCGAGGCGCAGGGAUGUACCUCCCCGAGGAGGUCGUCGGGUACACCAUCUCCUCGUUGGAGGUAGCCCUCCGAGGGCACGGCGCCGGUGGUCUUGUCGCAGACAGCGUCACAGAUUCUCAGUAUCGCAUGGUUCGAGGCCUUCUCACCUGCUUGACAAAGCUCGCGGGUCUGAACUUCAAGGGUCGACCAGAUGAAGGACGAGAGGCGGUACGACAAGCGAUCAUCAAGCGUUUACUCCCCGAGUGGAGUCGCACUUCCUUCACAUCUUUCUCUCAUCCUCUCCUCCUUCGCGACCCUUUCACCAUCUUGAUCGAGACUGCAGCUAUCGCCCCCGAGAUGCUCAAGCAUAUCCUUAUCCUCACGUAUUACGCCCAUCUCGCUCGAACUGUUGUCGGGUUGGUCUACAUCCUGAACAAGAGCAGAAGCGGAAGUACGAUUCCGGGGGAGCCGCGCAAGUAUGAGAACAUCUUCGGCGACACUCGUGUCUUCUUUAUGUCCGUUGUUCGACAUUCACCCAUCUUCGAGCAAGCUGCGGACGCUGUGUUCCUCGCCUUCGGCGAUGCGCGCAUCGAACGCUUGCUCUACACCUUCACCCUCCCCUUCUUGCGGCGGGCCAUCAUCCUCUGUCACAUGGAACAAGGCGGUUGCGAAUACCGCCGUCUGUUGAAAGCCCUCGAGAUCCCUCCUCUUUCGGAUCUGCCUUCCCAUGACACCAUCCAAAAUGCUCUGUCCGGCUGGUGCGCACACUAUGGCCACUCCCAGGCGGCGUCCCAGUUGAACUGCGGCGUCCUGCUCGAGCACCCCCUUGUCUACCGCCUGGCUCGGCUGCCGCUCGUCCUCGACCACCUCUAUCUAGAUCAGGACAAGAUGAUGGUCUGCCCCAGGUGCAAGACGGUACCGCUCGACGCCGCCAUCUGCCUCUUUUGCGGGACGACGUGCUGCUUCCAGAGCCACUGCUGCAUGGAUCGUGACAGCCAAUCGCCGCGUGGAGAAUGCAAUAUGCACACGCGAGACUGCGCCGGCGCUGUCGGUCUGUACUUCCUCGUGAAGCGUUGCUCAUUGUUGUACUUGUACGGCAAUGACGGUGCAUUCGGCCAGUCGCCGUAUCUAGACGUGCACGGCGAAGUGGAUGUCUCGAUGAGACGAGGUCGCCGUCAGUAUCUGCACCAUGCACGCUGGGAGGACGUUCACAAGAUCUGGCUGAGCCACGGCAUCCCGACGCUGAUCUCUCGUCGCCUGGAGGGAACGGUUGACAACGGAGGAUGGGAGACACUCUAA